AUGGCAAGCAGAAUGCUGCGAUCACAGCCGCUGCGCAUCGCGCGUCCCUUCGCUCAACACAUCCCUACAAAUUCUAGCAGAUCCCUCGUCUCUGUGGCUUGCCCCGGCGGCUUGCGACACAGUACAGCCGUUAAGCCAUCACUACAACAGUCAGUUCUGAGACAAACGUUCAGACGGCACUAUGCAGACCAAGCACCUCAAGCCAUGCUAUCACCUGCUGCAACAAAGCCAAAGAAGAGACGGGGAGUUUUCAAGACGAUAUGGCGGAUAACACAGAUCACCUUCUUGGGUGGAGUUGCCUACUUGGCCUACACUGUCUACGAUUUGAAGAACCCCCCGGAUCAGUUUGAACCCGAUCCUUCGAAGAAGACCCUUGUAGUUCUUGGAUCCGGCUGGGGCGCGAUUUCCCUACUAAAGAAGCUCGAUACCGAAAACUACAACGUUAUCGUCGUCUCCCCCCGAAACUUUUUCCUGUUCACUCCUCUCCUGCCAUCAUGUACAACCGGGUACAUCGAACAUCGAUCUAUUAUGGAACCUAUUCGAAACAUCCUCCGACACAAGAAAGCUGCAGUGAAGUACUAUGAAGCUGAGGCCACAAAGAUUGACUAUGCGAACAAGAAGGUCAUUAUCCGAGAUGAUUCGGAAGUCAAGAGCGACAGGAUGGAGACUGAGGUUGACUUCGAUAUGCUUGUCGUAGGUGUUGGAGCAGAAAAUGCGACAUUCGGUAUUCCUGGUGUGCGUGAGAAUUCGUGCUUCUUGAAAGAGGUCGGCGAUGCACAGAAAAUCCGGAAGAAAAUCAUGGAUUGUGUCGAAACCGCCAUGUUCAAGGGUCAAUCAGAGGAAGAAGUCAAACGUCUGCUGCACAUGGUCGUCGUUGGUGGUGGCCCUACUGGUGUCGAGUUUGCGGGUGAACUGCAAGACUUCUUCCAAGAGGAUCUCCUCAAGUGGAUGCCACAAAUCAAAGAUCACUUCAGAGUGACGCUGGUAGAGGCUCUGCCAAACGUCUUGCCCAUGUUUUCUAAGCAACUGAUUGAUUACACCGAAUCGUCUUUCAAGGAGGAACACAUUGACAUACGAACCAAGACCAUGGUCAAGAACGUAACAGAUACAACAAUCGAGGCCGCUAUCACUUUACCCGAUGGAUCGAAGAAAACCGAGAUCAUUCCCUAUGGUUUGCUUGUAUGGGCUACGGGCAAUGCCGUUCGACCCAUCGUCAAAGACCUCAUGGGUCAGAUACCAGCACAGAAAGAUGAGCGUAGAGGCUUGAAAGUCAACGAGUACCUUGUGGUCAAGGGUACUGAAAACGUUUGGGCUGUUGGUGACUGCGCCAUUGCCAAUUAUGCUCCGACUGCUCAGGUUGCUGCUCAAGAGGGCGCCUUCCUUGCACGUCUUUUCAACACAAUGGCGAAGACGGAUGAGAUCGAGAAAGAUCUUGUCGACCUAUCCGAUCGCCAAGCAACAGCUAAGGCAGACGAGCGAAAUGAGAUCCUCAAUCUGAUCACCGAGAGGCAAAAGCAAUUGCGAAGGAUCAAGCAAGUUGGUCCUUUCCAGUAUACUCACCAGGGCUCGCUAGCCUACAUCGGCGCGGAGAAGGCUGUUGCUGAUGUUAGCUGGUUCAGUGGUAACAUUGCUUCUGGUGGUACCAUGACUUAUCUAUUCUGGAAGAGCGCAUAUUUGACCCGAAACAGAAUCUUGGUUUCCAUGGAUUGGAUCAAAUCCCGAGUCUUUGGACGCGAUGUCUCUCGAGAGUGA